AUGUCAUCGAUCGUUAGAAGAAAUAGCAAUAAAUCUUCUGAUAUAGAUGAACAUGAUGAAGAAGAUAACGAACAACACGAACAUUUUCGACAAACACGAGAACGUCGACUUUCAGCACCUGAUAUUCGUCGACGUACAGUGCCAGUUGAUCGAAUUUCAUCGGAAUCUGAUCAAAAAGCUACAUUAUCUGAACAAAUUAAUUCUUCCAAACUGACGACACAAACUGGUAGUAGUAUUCUUACUCGUAAACACUACAGAUCUGGUGGUGAGUUAUAUUUGUUUAAUUCUUUCAUAUAA